AUGUCGUUCUGUGGACCGAUUAGUGAUCGAACAGAUGUCACCCAGAUCGUUGUGGUCAUGGUCGGCUUGCCGGCUCGUGGCAAGAGUUUGAUAGCUGGCAAAGUCAAACGCUAUCUUCGCUGGACUUCUGUCAAGGCUGAGGUAUUCAACGUCGGCAGCUACCGACGGACAGAUAAUCCCCAUCCUGAUGCGAAGUUCUUCGAUGUGAACAACCCUGAAGGAGAGAAGGCUCGUCGUGCCGCUGCUGAAGCAGCCGUUGCGGACAUGCUCAAUUGGUUCAAGGACAAGGACAAUAAGGUUGCCCUCCUGGACGCUACGAACUCAACAAAGAGCAGACGCAAGUGGAUCUAUGAGAAGAUCGUCGAAGCAAACCUCCUCCAUCUCUUCGUGGAGAGCAAGUGUGACGAUGAAGAUCUCAUCAUGUCAAACAUCCUGGAAGUCAAGACCAGUUCGCCUGAUUACGUUGGGCAAGAUCCCGAAGCCGCCGCACGCGAUUUUCGUGACAGAAUUCGAAAUUAUGAAAAGGUGUACCAAACGAUCGAUGAAUCGGAGAGACACUUGACAUAUGUGAAGAUCAUUAACAUCGGCGCACGUACUGUCAUCAACAUGAUUCAAGACUAUCUUCAAUCACGGCUUGUCUACUACUUAACAAAUCUCCACAUCAAGCCUCGAAGCAUUUGGUUGUCGCGCCAUGGCGAAUCUGAGUUCAACCUGAGUGGCCAAAUUGGUGGAGACGCAGACCUUAGCGAACGUGGUCAAAGCUAUGCGAAGAUGCUUCCCGAACUCCUUAAGCAAUCAGGGCUACCAAAGGAUGCUCCCUUAACCAUCUGGACUUCUACCCUCAAGCGCACAAGCCAAACAGCUAAAUACCUUGUUGAAGACCUCGGCUGGGAGAAGCUACAGUGGAAGGCACUGGACGAAUUGGACAGUGGCGUAUGUGACGCAAUGACCUACCAAGAGAUCGCAGACCAAUAUCCUGAAGAUUUCCAGGCUCGCGAUGAUGACAAGUACAACUAUCGCUAUCGUGGAGGUGAAUCGUAUCGUGAUGUGGUCAUUCGUCUCGAACCCAUCAUCAUGGAGUUGGAACGAAGCGAGAACAUCAUUAUCAUCACCCAUCAAGCAAUUGUUCGUUGCAUUUUUGCCUACUUCAUGGAGAUUCCCCAGGAGAAGUCACCGUGGAUGGAGGUUCCACUCCAUACGCUUAUGAAGCUCACCCCAAAGGCCUACGGAACGGAAGUAGAACGUUUCAAGGCCAACAUCCCUGCUGUCUCUACCUGGCGGCCAAAGGGUUCCACGGCGAAACAUCACGAUAGCGUCAGUGAGGGGAUGCCAGAAGAUGUAGUGGGUGAGGUGAAGAAGUUUCAAGCCGAACCUGCCAUGCCAGGUCUGCCACUGCCAUGA